ACGAGGAAGUGAAAGCAGGUCAAUGUGACAGCGGACAGCCGCGCAAUGGCGGAGCUGGAAGAUGGAAGUAGCGUAUGGGCUUGUUUCUUAUACUUUAGCCAAACUUUUCCUGCUGUCGGCUCUUUCUAAGAAGGACAAUGCGCAGAGAUCCAAGAAGAUGGAGGAGAAAGCACUAGAAGUUUAUGAUGUUAUCCGUACAAUCCGCGACCCUGAAAAACCCAACACCCUGGAGGACCUGGAAGUGGUGUCUGAGAGCUGCGUGGAGGUGCAGGAAAUAGGAGCAGAGGAAUACCUGAUCAUUAUCAAGUUCACCCCCACGGUCCCGCACUGCUCUCUGGCUACCCUCAUUGGUCUUUGCCUGCAAGUGAAGCUCCAGAGAUGUUUACCAUAUAAACAUAAGUUGGAGAUUUACAUUUCUGAGGGAACCCAUUCCACGGAAGAAGACAUUAAUAAACAGAUCAAUGACAAAGAAAGAGUUGCCGCAGCCAUGGAGAACCCCAAUCUGCGAGAGAUCGUAGAACAGUGCGUCAUAGAGCCUGACGACUGACGAGUACACCUCUGGAUAAAGGAGGACUGGUCUUUACAGUCCGGAGCUGCUUGUGUCAUUUUUAAUCACCUUACCUCAGGGAUAUAUUUUAAUGGGAUAGGGUUUUGGUUUUAAAAAAAGAGGGAAGAGGUCCAGUCCAGUGCCUCAAGUUUGCCCUCACGAUUGGAGUGUGGCUGGUUUUUGUGGGCUCUGUUUUAGGGUCCCUCUUUAACAUUGAUGACAGUCCCAUUGCUGGAGGGAAGUAGGCAAAUUAAAUUUUUUUCUUUUUGUUAGUGAAUAAAAAUAAAAGAAACUGGUGACGUCUCAAAACUUUAAAACUAACAAAUGGCUCAAUGUACAGCUGGUGCAAAUUCUGCACUGGUGUAAAAGCUUAGUGAUUGUUUUUGCACAGCGUGGAAAGCAAGCUGCAAAAGGAUUGAUACUCCCUGAAAAUCUGUAAAAUAGUUCAACAUUGUGGCAUCAUACAGAGUGUAAGAGGAGUGCGGUUAACUCUGUCCUCUCUCUCUCUCUGUCGGUUGGGUCAUGAUUAGGCAAUGGCAUUUGAUGAAGAGUUACUGGCAGUGGGAGGGCUACUGUAUGCAUCAGCAAGUUAAUAAAUAAGUGGUGGGGAGCAGACAGUCUCUUAAUACUUUACCAGCUAUAUAUUCUGUCAGUUUCACAUCUCUUGUAAGGUACAUGGGCAGUUAGCAGUUUUCUGCAAACCUGACACACUAUCACCAUCAGGGUGCUGAAUAUUGCACCAUUUCCAUCAGACACACUGCUUGACACUUUACUCGUCAUUCGUUUGACACUUCCAGAAUCUUGCAUUUCUUGAGUGCUUCUUGACCCCAUAAAACAGUCAAUCCAGGUGUGAGAACAGUGCAGGUAGUAAUGGUAGCUUUUAUUUUGCUAUUAUGCUUAUGACAGGGUUCCGUUUUAGGGUUCUAUUAGGGGUUCUGUCAAUUUUAAUGUAUAUUUCGAUACAUAGAAAACAUGUAAUAUUGCUGAAAGUGCAGUGCUGCCUAUUGCAGAACAAUGACAUGAUGCAGAAAAUACUAGAUAAGAAUAAAAAAGGCAAGUGGUUUCGGCCUCAAAGCUCUUUUGUUGAGUAGCACAGAAGUAAGAGGCUCAAAUCUCUAAAGGCUGUGGCCAUGAAGUUAAGUGAUUUAACCUUUUAUGUUUUCCCCUUUGAGAAUGCGUUUUGUUAUCCAUGCCUUUGUUUUAUUGUGUGAUUUCCUACUUGGAGGCAUGUUAAUGGGAAUUUCAAAUUGGUCUCAAGGCAAAAACAUAAAAAUGAAAUAAACCAACUGGAAAAACAAUAGUGGGGCAGUUUGCGUUUUUUUGUAGUGAGGUUUCUGCACAGGAUGGUAUGUGCCCUUCUGUUUAGGCAGGAGCACGCAGGUUCACGAACACAAGACUUUCCUUGAUAAAAGACAGUGGUUGGCCUUGACGAGGGUUUUACCUUCAGGAAGUCAAACAAUGCAUUGAAUGCGCGGAUUGCUAUUCUAGACAACGAGAACUACAACAAAGAAAACAAAGCUACACGAUGUUCUCAAGACCUUGGGAUUCUUCAGAAGGGGUUGGAGGACAGUGAAAGGAUCGUUUUUUUUUUUUUAGCUCUGUUCUAAUAAUGUAGAGCAAUUUAGAUGCCCAUGCUAUGCUCAUGGCUAGGUUUAUUGAACCAGAAUAUAUUUCCUAUAACUUUUACUGUUCCAGGCAUCUUCCAUAGGUUCACUUUGUAUCCUUGAAGUUACAUUCAGGUGUUGCUUGUCAAACCUGAUAAUAGCCAGAGUUUUACCGGGUCCAUAAUGAAACAAAAGUGUGCCUAAAGGGAGGGGGAGAAUCACAGUAUACCAUUGUUAAAUUACUUUAGAAUUAUAUCUCCCACCUUGAAGUGCUUUUAUAUUCAGAGGAGAGUAUCCUGCUGUUUGUUAAAAAAAAAAAAAAAUUAUAUAUUUCCAUUUAGCAAUUCAAUGAAGACUGAACAUGUUUAAUUGAAUGUGAUUAUACACAACAGGGCCCACUGAUUGGAAUAAUUGCUUUGUCUGAGUUUUGUCAUAUGUGUUCUAAUUUCUUUAAAAAAUGUAUUCAACCUAUUCAGACACAUUUUUAACAUUUUACCCAGUAAUAAGAAAUCAGCAUGCAACUCUCUAACCAUAAUAACAACUGUGAUAUUCAGUUUUUUUUUGUUGUUGUUUUUUUUAAAGAAAUAUUGUAAACUACUGACCCUGAUAUCCUUUUUGUAUUGUGUUCUACUAAAGAGCCCUCCUUGCUUUCAGAUUCUUUAUUCUGGCGAAAUGCAAUGUCAGUUUCUGGUGUAUUUCAAAAGAUGUUUAAUGCAUGUAUCAUAUCAGAAGCCAUUGGAGUUGUUGAAACUAAUACGAAGGGCAUUUCAAAGUUGAAUUUCAAAAACAGAAGUGGGGGGGGGGUGUAAUACCUGUGUACAUAUUUGAGAAGAUAAUCUAUGCUGCAGAGAUGACCAUAUUGAUUACAUGUGGAAUGUGCAGUAACCCCUUCACACACAAGGGUCCAGACCCAUUUAAAAAAAAUAUAUAUAUCUAUUAUUUCAAUACAAGCUUUUAUGAAUCGAUGUACACAUUUGUACACAGUGAGUAUGCACUUUUGUAACCCUAUUGUAAACGUCUGAUCGCUACUCGUCUGCACUGAGAUUUUUUAAAUAAAGCUAUACUCUGAAGAUA